AAGGUGAUUUUUGAAAUCAUACUUUUGUUAUAUAAAGCACUCAACCGCACGUAGAAUCAGGCUCAUCAAGUGUACAGCUGUUCCUAUAGAUUUUCCACCAAGCUAAGAAAUUUACCUUUCAACACGUUCGCACCUGAAUUUAUUUCUUAAAGAGUUAGACAAACAAGCGUUCCAGGAAAAGGAAAAAUAAACCAAGUUGCUCUUUAAAAUCCAUCAUAAAGUCGCUUCAACAACAUGGCUCCUGUUAUUGAAGUCGAAACAACCGGUAAACGUAUGGAAGAAUUAAUCCUCGACGUCCAACAGAAAAUCGUUGCUGGACUCGAAGCUAUUGAUGGUCAAAAGUUCUAUCAAGACAGAUGGACCAAAGGUGAAGGCGGCUACGGGAUUUCUUGUGUGAUUCAAGAUGGAAAUGUUUUUGAAAAGGGAGGUGUAAAUACUAGUAUCGUUCAGGGCGUUUUAAGUCAAGAUGCUGUGCAAAGAAUGAGAGCCAAUCACGAUGGUAUUGAUCGUAGUGCUAAAGAAUUGCCCUUUUUCGCUGCCGGUAUUAGUAUGGUUAUCCACCCGAGCAAUCCCAUGGCCCCUACCACCCAUUUGAAUUACCGCUAUUUUGAAUUGGUCAACAGUGACGGAAAAAAGAUCUGGUGGUUCGGCGGUGGUGCCGACUUGACUCCCAGUAUUCUUUUCGAAGAAGAUGCUAGACAUUUCCAUAAAUUACAUAAAGAAGCCUGUGAUCGCCAUGAUCCAACCUUUUAUCCUCGUUUCAAAAAGUGGGCAGACGACUAUUUCCUCAUUAAACACAGAAAAGAAACUCGUGGUAUCGGCGGUAUUUUCUUUGACGACUUGUCCGAUAAAGACCCUGAAGAGUUGUUUGCUUUUGUUAAAGAUUGCGCUUACACCUUCCUUCCUUCCUAUAUCCCUAUAAUGAAAAAGAGAAAGGACAUGGAGUUCACCGAAGAUGACAAAGAAUUUCAGCUCAUUCGUCGUGGAUUCUACACCGAAUUCAACGUCAUGUACGACCGCGGAACAUGGUUUGGCCUUCAAGCUCCCAAUCCUCGAGUUGAGUCUAUCCUUAUGACACUUCCUUUGCAUGCUUCUUGGCGUUACAAUUAUCAGCCCAAGGGAGAACGCCAUAAGGCUUUAAUAGAGGCCACCCAUCAUCCAGUUGAGUGGGCUUAAAGCAUUCUUCCGUCCCUUAACUUCGAUCCCUUCACAUCCUUUUCAUUCUUCAUCACCGGGGAAAGUAUUCAAUAUUAUUUUAUCAAUUGUUUCAUUUUUUGUCCUUUUAAUAAUUCCCCUCUUUUAUAUAAUUUUACCAUUUUGUUUGCUUUAAUGAAUUUAACAAUUAACCGAUCUCCUGUCAUAGUUAUUCAUUCUUCAUUUUUCGACGUAGUUUUUGUGAAUUUUAUUGAGACUUGUCAUUCUUAGCUUUCUGAAACAUUUGCCU